AUGUUUUAUAUUAGCUAUAUAAUCACAUUACUUCCACUCUUGGGCGUAAUUUCUGGCGCUGCGGAUGAUGGGGUGAAAAUCCAACUCAAAGGUACUGAUAAAUGCUUGACGGCUAGAAUGGAUUCUCCUGCCCCUAACAUCCCUGGUCAUGGGAUCUCAACGACGAAUUGCUCAUCGGAGGAUGCCAAUUUCUGGGACGUUCUCAGUGAUAGUCCUCGUAUCCUGUUGAGGACGACUGAGCCGUAUUGGGCUCUAGAUGCGGGUGCGGGAAAAGGUAUUGACAGGCCUGUUUCUGUGACGUCUUUCAAUGGUAACGAUGGACAGGAUUGGUUCCUCGAUGCGAUUGGUAGAAUAUCCAUCGGAGGUAAUGUUGUCUCUAAAAAAGGUAAACUAUGUAUAAGUGUAGAUACAUAUCCAACCUCCGAAUUCCAUGUCAAGACCAACCCUUGUUUUACAGGGUCAACUGAAGAUCCCAAUGUCGAAUAUUCACAACUACGGCAACUUGCUUAG